GACGCCCCAACCAAGCAGUAGAUGCCACGUGACACUCGCCACAGGACAUGUAACACGUGAGGAAGUACAGUGAAAGUUAUGAGGAAAAGCCAGCAUUAAGUGAAACUAAAAACCCAGCAGCCAGCCAUACAAAAAAAAACACAGCAUCUAUAAAAAGUCACCAGCAACCGAAACGAUGCGAAAGGUGGCCACAGGGCUGCGGCUGCGGCUGCCCGUGGCAUCACGGCUGUUGCUUCUGGGCUGCUGCCUGCGUUUGUCCCUCCUCCUGGUGCCCGCCGAUGCACAAGCGCAUCUAACGAAGCGCAGCUACUCGGACCAGAGUGUCCAUGGCUAUAUGACAGAGCGCACCUGCUGGUGGAACGAGGUGUGCAAGGAGGAGUUCCAGAGCAUGUUUCGGUGCAAGUGUCCACAGUACUCCUACUGCCGCUCCCCGGGACGAUAUUACAAUGCGUACUGCUCCAUGACGGACACGGGCUAUAUUUGGACACAGCCCAACUGGGAUUGGGGGUCGUAGUGCACCACGGAUUACGGCCCUACUCCUCCGCUCUCCGCCCUCCGCCCUCUGCCAUCCGCCCACUGCCCAGCACAGCCCCCGCUGUGACGUCAAACACACUGACUGCUGAUUGUAUGCUACCAUCUGCUCUCCAAAGUGGCCUCCAAAACUCCAAAUCGAUUCUCUGCGCGCAGCACCGUUGAUUGUGUGCAAUCGAACCGAAUUCGGGCGUGCACCUUAUAAUCGAAACCAAUAAAGCUUUACUUUUGGCCUUCACUGUU